AUGCAGCCCCGCGGCGACAGCUCCUCGAAAGGAGGGCGGUGCUCGGCCGGCAGUGCGGUUCCAGGGCCGGCGCCGAAGAGAACUCGGGAACAUCGUCUUCCCGGUGACAUCACCCAAAAAGGAUAUGAAAAGAAGAGGUCAAAACUAAUUGGAGCCUACCUGCCCCAGCCUCCGACAGCGAAUGGAGCUGCCGUGGUCCGGUGUAGACUGCAGCACAGUGAAGGAGCCCCGGGAAGAGCGCUGCACUCCGGCAACAUCGGGGUGUGUGACAUCCGAGAAGCCGCGGUCAGAGAGCGGGCGGCCAGCACCGCGGGGAACCGGCCGCUGUUUUACUUUCGCUUCGGGGUGGAUCAAGCUUUGCCUCCUGAGCGCCGGGCUCCAGUCACUCCUGCCUCUUCCACUCGCUAUCACCGCCGAAGGUCCUCAGGGUCACGAGAUGAGCGCUAUCGGUCGGAUGUCCACACAGAAGCUGUGCAGGCAGCGCUGGCUAAACACAAAGAAAGGAAGAUGGCAGUGCCUAUGCCUUCCAAACGCAGGUCCUUGGUUGUGCAGACCUCGAUGGACGCCUACACACCUCCAGAUACCUCUUCUGGCUCGGAAGACGAAGGCUCGGUGCAGGGAGACUCCCAGGGGACCCCCACCUCCAGCCAGGGCAGCAUCAACAUGGAGCACUGGAUCAGCCAGGCCAUCCACGGCUCCACCACGUCCACGACCUCUUCCUCCUCCACCCAAAGCGGGGGGAGCGGCGCCGCCCACAGACUGGCCGACGUCAUGGCCCAGACGCACAUAGAAAAUCACUCUGCACCUCCUGAUGUAACCACUUACACCUCAGAACACUCGAUACAAGUAGAAAGGCCACAAGGCUCAACAACAUCACGGACGGCACCAAAGUAUGGCAACGCGGAGCUCAUGGAGACUGGCGAUGGGGUGCCAGUAAGUAGCCGGGUGUCAGCGAAAAUUCAACAGCUCGUCAAUACACUCAAACGACCGAAGCGGCCGCCGUUACGGGAAUUCUUUGUUGAUGACUUUGAAGAAUUGCUGGAAGUUCAGCAACCGGAUCCGAACCAGCCAAAGCCAGAGGGAGCGCAGAUGUUGGCGGUACGUGGGGAGCAGCUGGGAGUGGUGACGAACUGGCCGCCAUCGCUAGAAGCUGCAUUGCAGCGGUGGGGGACCAUCUCCCCAAAGGCCCCGUGCUUGACCACGAUGGACACGAACGGGAAGCCCCUGUACAUCCUCACUUACGGCAAACUGUGGACAAGAAGUAUGAAGGUCGCUUACAACAUUCUGCAUAAAUUAGGUACAAAGCAGGAACCUAUGGUACGACCAGGAGACAGGGUGGCGCUGGUGUUCCCCAACAAUGACCCCGCCGCGUCCAUGGUGGCCUUCUACGGCUGCCUGCUGGCUGAAGUUGUUCCCGUGCCCAUCGAAGUGCCACUCACCAGAAAGGAUGCGGGGAGCCAGCAGAUCGGGUUCUUGCUUGGAAGCUGUGGAGUCACUGUGGCCUUGACGAGCGACGCCUGCCACAAAGGGCUGCCGAAAAGCCCAACCGGGGAGAUCCCCCAGUUCAAAGGUUGGCCAAAGCUGCUGUGGUUUGUCACAGAGUCAAAGCAUCUCUCCAAGCCCCCUCGAGAUUGGUUCCCACACAUCAAAGAUGCAAACAACGAUACCGCGUACAUAGAGUAUAAGACCUGCAAGGACGGAAGCGUGCUCGGGGUGACUGUGACCAGGAUCGCGCUGCUGACCCACUGCCAGGCCCUCACGCAGGCAUGCGGCUACACGGAAGCGGAAACCAUAGUGAAUGUGUUGGAUUUCAAGAAGGACGUUGGGCUCUGGCAUGGCAUCCUAACAAGCGUCAUGAACAUGAUGCACGUGAUCAGCAUCCCAUAUGCGCUGAUGAAGGUGAACCCGCUGUCGUGGAUUCAGAAGGUCUGCCAGUACAAAGCAAAGGUGGCUUGUGUCAAAUCCAGGGACAUGCACUGGGCGUUAGUAGCACACAGAGAUCAGAGAGACAUCAACCUCUCUUCUCUCCGGAUGCUGAUCGUGGCUGAUGGCGCAAAUCCCUGGUCUAUCUCCUCCUGCGACGCGUUCCUCAACGUCUUCCAAAGUAAAGGCCUGCGCCAGGAGGUCAUCUGUCCUUGUGCCAGCUCCCCAGAGGCUCUCACCGUCGCCAUCCGGAGGCCCACAGAUGACAGCAACCAGCCCCCAGGCCGGGGUGUCCUCUCCAUGCAUGGGCUUACCUACGGGGUCAUCCGGGUGGACUCCGAAGAAAAGCUGUCUGUGCUCACCGUGCAGGAUGUCGGCCUCGUGAUGCCUGGCGGGGGCGCCGUGGGCCAUGCCGUGCCCCUGCAGCCCAUGGGGUGCUUCUCUCCCUGCAAGGGUCAAGUUCCCGCCGGCCAUCCACCUUUUGGACAAAGCUGGGCACUGAGGCUGGUGUUCCCCGUGACGAGCUCGGGGGCCCCUGUCAGCGAGUACCCCUUCGUAAGGACAGGCCUGCUGGGCUUCGUCGGCCCCGGAGGGCUCGUCUUCGUGGUGGGCAAGAUGGACGGGCUCAUGGUGGUCAGCGGGCGCAGACACAACGCGGACGACAUCGUCGCCACAGCGCUGGCCGUGGAGCCCAUGAAAUUCGUCUACAGAGGAAGGAUAGCUGUGUUUUCCGUAACUGUCCUGCACGACGAGAGGAUAGUGAUUGUGGCCGAGCAGAGGCCAGACUCCACGGAGGAGGACAGCUUCCAGUGGAUGAGCAGGGUGCUGCAGGCAAUUGACAGCAUACAUCAAGUUGGGGUUUAUUGCCUGGCCUUGGUUCCAGCAAACACCCUCCCCAAAACCCCACUCGGUGGGAUCCACUUGUCAGAAACGAAGCAGCUCUUCCUGGAGGGCUCACUCCACCCCUGCAACGUCCUGAUGUGUCCCCAUACCUGUGUCACAAACUUGCCUAAACCUCGACAGAAGCAGCCAGAAAUUGGCCCUGCCUCUGUGAUGGUGGGGAACCUGGUGUCUGGGAAGAGGAUUGCGCAGGCCAGCGGCAGAGACCUGGGCCAGAUAGAGGACAAUGAUCAGGCCCGCAAGUUCCUGUUUCUGUCGGAGGUCCUGCAGUGGAGGGCGCAGACCACCCCCGACCACGUCCUGUACACGCUGCUCAACUGUAGGGGUGCCAUCGCAAGCUCACUGACGUGUGUGCAGCUGCAUAAGCGCGCCGAGAAGAUCGCCGUGAUGCUACUGGAGAGAGGGCACCUGCAGGACGGGGACCACGUGGCUCUCGUCUACCCACCAGGAAUAGACCUGAUUGCAGCUUUUUACGGCUGCCUGUAUGCGGGCUGCGUGCCCAUAACCGUCCGCCCCCCGCACCCGCAGAACAUCGCCACCACGCUGCCCACCGUGAAGAUGAUCGUGGAGGUGAGUCGCUCUGCCUGCUUGAUGACAACACAGCUGAUCUGUAAGUUGUUGCGGUCCCGGGAGGCAGCUGCGGCCGUAGACGUCAGGGCGUGGCCCCCCAUACUGGACACAGACGAUUUGCCAAAGAAACGGCCUGCCCAGAUCUACAAACCUUCCAACCCAGACACGCUAGCUUAUCUUGACUUCAGUGUGUCCACAACGGGGAUGCUGGCUGGAGUGAAGAUGUGCCACGCAGCCACCAGUGCCUUCUGCCGCUCCAUCAAGCUGCAGUGUGAGCUCUACCCCUCGAGAGAAGUGGCCAUCUGCUUGGACCCGUACUGCGGACUUGGGUUUGUCCUGUGGUGCCUCUGCAGCGUGUACUCUGGGCACCAGUCCAUUCUCAUCCCGCCUUCUGAGCUGGAAACCAACCCUGCCUUGUGGCUUCUUGCCGUGAGUCAGUACAAAGUCCGGGACACGUUCUGCUCCUAUUCAGUGAUGGAACUUUGUACCAAGGGGCUGGGCUCACAGACAGAAUCACUCAAGGCACGGGGCCUGGACUUGUCCCGCGUGCGGACCUGUGUGGUCGUGGCAGAGGAGCGGCCUCGGAUAGCGCUCACCCAGUCUUUCUCAAAGCUCUUUAAAGACCUGGGUCUCCACCCGCGGGCCGUGAGCACCUCCUUCGGCUGCAGAGUGAACCUGGCCAUUUGCUUGCAGCCCCACAGGCUGUGGAAGGCGGCCGAGCAGGGGACCUCGGGACCUGACCCAACCACCGUGUACGUUGACAUGCGAGCUCUGAGGCACGACAGAGUGCGUUUAGUGGAAAGAGGCUCUCCUCACAGCUUGCCCCUGAUGGAAUCAGGAAAAAUCCUCCCGGGGGUUCGGAUCAUAAUUGCCAAUCCAGAAACAAAAGGACCGUUGGGCGACUCCCACCUGGGUGAGAUCUGGGUUCACAGUGCCCACAACGCCAGUGGCUACUUCACCAUUUAUGGAGACGAGUCCCUCCAGUCAGACCACUUCAACUCAAGGUUAAGUUUCGGAGACACGCAGACGGUCUGGGCGCGGACGGGCUAUUUGGGGUUCCUGCGGAGGACGGAGCUCACAGACGCAAACGGAGAGCGCCACGAUGCCCUGUACGUGGUGGGGGCUCUGGAUGAGGCAAUGGAGCUGCGGGGGAUGAGGUAUCACCCGAUAGACAUCGAGACCUCAGUCAUCAGAGCCCAUAAAAGCGUCACAGAAUGCGCUGUGUUCACCUGGACAAAUUUGCUGGUGGUGGUGGUUGAGCUUGAUGGGUCAGAGCAAGAAGCCUUGGACCUGGUCCCCUUGGUGACCAAUGUGGUCCUGGAGGAGCACUACCUGGUGGUGGGGGUGGUGGUUGUGGUGGACAUCGGUGUGAUCCCCAUCAACUCCCGGGGAGAGAAGCAGCGCAUGCACCUGCGUGAUGGGUUUUUGGCCGACCAGCUGGACCCCAUCUAUGUGGCCUACAACAUGUAG